CUUUUGCUGUAGACUAGUAAACAGGCAGAAUUAGGUAUAUAAUGCCCCACUAUUUACAUUACCAGCUAAAUAUCAGCAGAUUGUGCCAGGAUGUAGGUGUGGAUUCAGUGCCUAUGCUCUGAAAAAAUCUUACAUAUUACCUUAUCUUGGCUGUAAUGGAAAUUCCCUUUUAGGCAAUGACUUCCUCAUAUGCCACUCUGUUCCUAGACAGCAGCCAGUCUAAAAAAAAAGGGGGGAGAAGUCAGGUUAGUUAUGCUGCCUUAUGUCUGUAAUUUCCAGCGAUCAUCGGAGACAUGACAGAAUCUUUUUAUGCAUAACUACACGAUGACAGCUGUAUCUCCUCUGCAUUGCGGAAACCACAAAAAGAUUAUUAGAACAUAAUUAUAACUUUGCAUCUAGCUCUUCAGUCACACUUCAUAACACACUGUGAAGACACCAUGGAGACAAUGUCGGCUUCUCCACCAAUUCGUGGGACCGGGGAUGGGAUGGAGACAAAAGAGACCUUAAAAUCUGUUGAAAUUAGAACAUUGCACACCAAGACCGCUCACAGUCCAAAAAGAAAAAGUUCUCCGACACCAUCCAUUAGUCCUGGUGUCCUUCAGCUGGGCAAAGUUCAGACAGAGAAAGCAGUGGAGAUAGAAGCAUUCCGACUUAUCAUUCCUAAAUCUGCAAUAACCCACACAGUUCUGACUAAGCAGGUUAAAUCACAGGAGGUGAAUGGACAUAAUAAGGUAGAACUGGUGGACUGUGUAACUGAACCAUGGAAACAACUCUCAGAAAUGAAGAGCACUUUAGAAAAAUUGAAGAAUUCAGAGAGGCGAUUACUGCAAGACAAGGAAGGGCUUUCUAACCAGCUUAAAGUCCAGACUGAGGUUAAUAGAGAAUUGAAGAAGUUGCUGGUGGCCUCUGUCGGAGAUGAUUUACAAUAUCAUUUUGAGCGCAUUGCUCGAGAAAAGAAUCAACUUAUUCUUGAGAAUGAAGCAUUGGCGCGGAAUACAGCCCAGCUCUCAGAACAGCUAGAACGCAUGUCAAUUCAGUGUGAUGUAUGGAGAAGCAAGUUUCUUGCCAGCCGUGUUAUGGCAGAUGAAUUGACUAACAUAAGGGCAAAUCUUCAGAGGCAAAAUAGAGAGACCCAAAGUGCACUUCAAGAUUUGUUAAGUGAAAGGGACCAGUGUCGGCAGGAAAUGUCUGAAACACAAAAAGUAUUAGAAGAGCUUCUCAUCUCUUUGCAAUGGGGAAGGCAGCAGACUUAUUACCCUAUUGCUCAACCAUACUCUACCACAGAGCUUGUGGCAGCAAACCGGAAUUUAGCAGUGGCUGUAAAGUCUCAUCUUAUUGGAAACACUGGAUCAGAAAGCCCUAAACACGCUUCACAGACAACUGAAUUUUGCAGUACUCCUGCAGAAAAAAUGGCAGAAAUGAUACUAAAGACACAGGAUCCUAUUACAUGUUCUGAGAUGUCUUCAGAAAUUUCCUUCUCGGACUCCUCCCCUUCCUUUUUAGCUGCCAAAAAAAGUAUUGGACGAUUUCAUCCAUACACCAGAUAUGAGAAUAUAACCUUCAAUUGCUGCAAUCACUGCCAGGGAGAACUGAUCGCUUUAUAAGAGGACUUAGCCCUUACUAGUGAAGACAAUGUUAGUCAGAUAGCAAUAAUUUCUAUGCUCAGGCCUAAGAUGAUGGCACACGGCACAGUGCAAUAAAAACUUGUUCAGAGGGAAAUAAUGAAUAUACCGUUCUAGCAGAAGCUACAGUCAGGUACAUAAAUAUUUGGACAUGGACACAGUUCUAAAAUUUUUGGCUCUAUACACCACCACAAUGGAUUUGAAAUUAAACAAACAAGAUGUGCUUUAACUGCAGACUGUCAGCUUUAAUUUUAAGGGUAUUUACAUCCAAAUCAGGUGAAAGGUGUAGGAAUUACAACAGUUUGCAUAUGUGCCUCCCACUUGUUAAGGGACCAAAAGUAAUGGGACAGAAUAAUAAUCAUAAAUCAAACUUUCACUUUUUAAUACUUGGUUGCAAAUCCUUUGUAGUCAAUUACAGCCUGAAGUCUGGAACGCAUAGACAUCACCAGGCAUUGCUGGGUUUCAUCCCUGGUGAUGCUCUGCCAGGCCUCUACUGCAACUGUCUUAAGUUCCUGCUUGUUCUUGGGGCAUUUUCCCUUCAGUUUUGUCUUCAGCAAGUGAAAUGCAUACUCAAUCGGAUUCAGGUCAGGUGAUUGACUUGGCCAUUGCAUAACAUUCCACAAAAAAACUCUGGUUGCUUUUGCAAUAUGCUUUGGGUCAUUGUCAAUCUGCACUGUGAAGCGCCGUCCAAUGAGUUCUGAAGCAUUUGCUGAAUAUGAGCAGAUAAAAUUGCCCAAAACACUUCAGAAUUCAUCCUGCUGCUUUUGUCAGCAGUCACAUUAUCAAUAAAUACAAGAGAAGCAGUUACCAUUGGCAGCCAUACAUGCCCAUUAUGCUAUGACACUACCACCACCAUACUUCACUGAUGAGGUGGUAUGUUUAGGAUCAUGUUCCUUUCCUUCUCCAUACUCUUCUCUUCCCAUCACUCUGGUACAAGUUGAUCUUGGUCUCAUCUGUCCAUAGGAUGUUGUUCCAGAACUGUGAAGGCUUUUUCAGAUGUCGUUUGGAAAACUCUAAUCUGGCCUUCCGGUUUUUGAGGCUCACCAGUGGUUUACAUCUUGUGGUGAACCCUCUGUAUUCACUCUGGUGAAGUCUUCUCUUGAUUGUUGACUUUGACACGAAUAAGCCUACCUCCUGUAGAGUGUUCUUUAUCUGGCCAACUGUUGUGAAGGGGGUUUCCUUCACCAGGGAAAGAAUUAUUCGGUCAUCCUCCAGAGUUGUUUUCCUUGGUCUUCCGGGUCUUUUGGUGUUUCUGAACUCACCAGUGCGUGCGUUCUCUUUUAAGAAUGUUCCAAACAGUUGUUUUGGCCACACUUAAUGUUUUGGCUAUUUCUUUGAUGGGGUUGUUUUGUUUUUUUCAGCCUAAUGAUGGCUUGCUUCACUGAUAGUGACAGCUCUUUGGAUCUCAUCUGGAGAGUUGACAGCAACAGAUUCCAAAUGCAAAUAGCACACUUGAAAUGAACUCUGGACCUAUUAUCUGCUCAUUGUAAUUGAGAUAAUGUGAGAAAAACACGAACCUCGCCAAGGAACAGCUGACAAGUGGGAGGCACAUAUGCAAACUGUUGUAAUUCCUACACCGUUCACCUGAUUUGUAUGUAAAUACCCUCAAAUUAAAGCUGACAGUCUGCAGUUAAAGCACAUUUGUUUGAAAUCUGUUGUGGUGGUGUUUAGAGCCAAAAAUGUUAGAAUCGUGUCGAUGUCCCAAUAUUUAUGCACCUGACUAGGUGUUUUGAGAGUCACGGUGUGCAGUGACUUUUUAUUGAGGUCCUUUAACACUAUUAGGUCAUUCCAUUAUGCAAUCUUUUUAAAGUUGCUUUCUUCAGUAUUCUUCCCCCAGGGAUAUUUGACAUAUUUUUGUUGUUAUUUUCAGUGUUUUCAGACUGUAUGUCUUGUAUUAAUUUAAAGGAACAGGUAUUAUUAAAAUGCUGUGUUUUCAUCUAUUUUUUUCUGAAAUAUCAUUUAUA